CAGAACUCAACGACCAAUAUAGAGGCUUUGAACACAAAACUAAAACCAAUCGUUCUUUGACAGAAGGAACAUACAUGGUGGAGGGACAGAGAGUCACAACACUACACUAUAUGGAAUCAUCAUGCAUCAAUAUCAUCACUAGAGAAUAGAGAUAUAAAGAGAGAGAAAGUGUGAGAGAAAGAGAGAAAGAGAGAAAGUGUGAGAGAAAGAGAGAAAGUGGAGUCUUUUGACUGAGCCUAGCCUGCAAAAGCCGUCUAAGGUUGUUGUCUGGUUGAUGAUAAUGUUUCUUUUUAAUGUCUGAAUACGCGUUGAACUUUCAAACGUACCACCACCACACUAUUUUUUUAGUUAGCCUUCUGAUCCAUUUUCACCCUUAACCUUAAUCCCAAUUCAAAGGUCCAAUUAGUCUUUUUCCUUUUAUUUUUUUAAAUGAUGGUUUAUAAAUUGCAUUAGUCUCUGAGUGUUUUUAUUGCUUGAAUUUCCUCUCCUUUAUGGAGCAAUGAUUCCUUUAUGACAGUUUGCGAUUUUUGUCGGAGGGUUAUGAAUUGUGGGUUUGAUUCAAGUUUGCUUCUUUGGAAUUGGGUCGGGUUGGAAUCUUCCAGUAUUGGAGUUUUGGUAUCUGAUUUUGAAUUGGGUAUGUGCGUAUGAAGGAAAGUUUUCAUCUUUGCUUUUGAAUAGAGAAAAAAAAAAAAAAACAAAAAACAAAGAAGGUACUGUGUGGUGGGUGAGUUUUUAGUUUUUAUGAGUUUUGGUGGAGUUGGUAGAAGAUGUGUUUGCUGGUGAACGGUGAUCCUACUUUUUGAAGGAUAAUAUUGUUGUAUAGUUGAUGUGAUAUCUUUGUGCUCCAACAUGGGUUGCAUAUGUUCUAAGAGUUCAGCUAUAGAGGACAGCAAGGAAAGUGUCACUAAGAAAUUUCAAUCGUAUAGCACACGGCCUUCAGAGUUGAAUGUUUUACGGUUGAAUUCAACUAGGAGGGUUGAUGAGGGUGGGGUGAAAGAUGUGUUAAUAGAUGGUGGUCAUGUGAAGGGUUCAUUGAUUGAAAGGAAGGCCAAUGGUUCAGGGCAGUUGUAUGGUGAUCAUCAUGAUGUGAAGAAGAAAUUAGAGAAGCCGGGAUUGACUGUCGUGGAUCAUAUCGGCCCUGGAAGGGUUCCAAAGGCUAUAGAAGGAGAGCAAGUUGCGGCAGGAUGGCCGGCAUGGCUUUCUUCUGUUGCUGGUGAAGCUAUUAAGGGAUGGAUACCACGUAGUGCAAAUACUUUUGAGAGGUUACAUAAAAUUGGGCAAGGAACUUACAGUACUGUAUAUAAGGCACGGGAUGUGAUUAACCAAAAGUUUGUAGCAUUGAAGAAAGUACGCUUUGACAAUCUGGAUCCCGAGAGUGUCAAGUUUAUGGCAAGGGAAAUCCAUGUUCUGCGUAGGCUUGACCAUCCAAACAUAAUUAAAUUGGAGGGCUUGAUUACAUCACGAAUGUCUCGCAGCCUGUACCUUGUUUUUGAGUAUAUGGAGCAUGAUCUUACGGGACUUGCAUCAAAUCCUGAUAUUAAGUUCUCUGAACCACAGCUGAAAUGCUACAUGCAGCAACUUCUUAGUGGAUUGGAUCAUUGCCAUAGUCAUGGUGUCCUCCAUCGUGACAUAAAGGGCUCAAAUCUUCUCAUUGACAAUAAUGGAGUUUUAAAGAUUGCUGAUUUUGGUUUGGCAAGUUCUUAUGACCCUCACCACAAUGUUCCAUUGACAAGCCGAGUAGUAACUCUAUGGUAUAGACCACCAGAACUUUUACUUGGAGCCAAUCAUUAUGGGGUUGCAGUGGAUUUAUGGAGCACUGGUUGCAUACUGGGGGAACUAUAUACUGGAAGGCCAAUUUUGCCUGGAAAAACGGAGGUUGAGCAGUUGCAUCGGAUUUUUAAACUUUGUGGCUCACCAUCUGAUGACUAUUGGCUUAAAUUGCGGUUGUCACAUUCAACAGUAUUCAGGCCGCCACACCAUUAUAGGAAAUGUGUUGCAGAUACAUUUAAGGACUACCCAUCUACCGCGGUAAAGCUUAUAGAGACCCUACUUUCUGUAGAGCCAGCACAUCGAGGGUCUGCAGCAGCUGCUCUGAAAAGUGAGUUCUUUACGUCAGAGCCUCUGCCUUGUGAUCCAUCAAGUUUACCAAAAUAUGCUCCCAGCAAGGAGAUUGAUGCUAAAUUACGGGAUGAAGCCAGAAGGCAAAGAGCUGUUGGAGGUAGGGAACAAAAAGUUGCCUCAGGAGUUGGACAGGAAAAAGGGCAUAGAGCAAAUGUUGCAACAAAAGACAAUGCUGACCCAGGCUUAUUGGUGCAGCAAGGACGUUAUUCCAGCUCAAGGAACCAAAGUGAAUUAUCCAACCCUCAUAGAGGAACGGUGUCUGGAAUUCUGGUUUUCCCUCACAAACAGUCAGAAAAAGAAAUGGAUAAUAAUUUCUCUGGGCAUAUCUAUAAGAGGCCUUCACAUUCCGGCCCAUUGGUUCCUGGUUCUGUCUGGGCAAAAGGCAGGAAGGAAGUUGAUGAUGUACCUCCUGUUUCAAACAGAGUGAACCUAUCAAAACUAUCUGGGCUAGUGGCAUCUAGGACUUUGCCUGAAGAUCAGGAGGUUAAACCGGUUCACUUGCACCACAGAAAACCAAUUGAAGUAAGAAAAUCUGUGGAGUCAACUAAUGGAUCAGAGUCAAGAAGAAGGCAGGAUCAAAAACGGAUUGUUGAUCUCAAUCAAAUUGAAAGUAGAAGGGUCGCGGCUGAAAAAUCAACUCCGGGCGGGCGCGAGUCCAUGGGAAACAAGAUAUACCUCUCAGGUCCAUUAAUGGUUUCGUCAAGCAACAUGGAUCAGAUGCUCAAAGAUCAUGACAGAAAGAUCCAAGAGUUUUCAAGACGAGCGAGAAUCGACAAGUCAAGAGCAAGAGGUGAGAAAGUUCGUGCUCUGCGGAAGUAGUCGAAUUCGAUAAACUAUUUCUGAUGUUCAGCUGCUUACAUAUUUUUAUGACACCAUUUAUUUAUCUCAAACCUAAUGAGAGAAAGGAGCGGGGAGAGGAAGAUAGUGUAUUCAAUCUUACUGUAGCAUAUAUAAUGUAAAUUGCAGGCUUUAUAAGAAGAGAUUGAUCUUUCUUCAACUCUUCAUGUUUCACCCUUAUAUAAAAUAUAAGCAAUUCAAUUUAUUAUGUUCUUUCCA